UCAUGUGCACUCAGAACCCAGCGGCUCCUUAGGACGAGGGGAGGGGGGAAAAAAAACUUGCAAGGCAAACAAUGAGAGCAGGUGACCGGUCACCUUGAGCUUAUCUGCGCCUGCAUAUCGGCCCAAGAUCAAACAGGCAGGAAUGAAAGGGAGUUAUAACCCUGCCAGCUGAGACCGUUCCCGGGAUACGCACAUCAGAGGCCAUGGCCUGGUGGAACACGAGGCAGGACCAGGGCUGGCUCUACCCGACGGCGGUGCUGUGUGUCUACGGAUUUCUCUCAAUGAUGAGACCGGCGGAGCCUUUUCUCGUUUCCUUUCUUACAGGACCACAGAAAAACUUCACUGUCCAGCAGGUUUCAAGGGAGUUCUAUCCGAUAUGGGCAUACUCCAGUCUAUUCCUCCUGAUCCCCAUGUUUCUACUGACAGACAUGUUGAGGUACAAACCCAUUAUUAUGCUGCAAGCGCUGGCCUAUGUUGUCUGCUGGCUCCUGUACUCGUAUGGAUCCGGAGUCCGAUCCAUACAGCUUUCCCUCUUCGCGUACAGCGUGGCUACGGCGUGUGACGUGGGCUACUUCACCUACAUCUACAGUGUGGUGGGGCCGGAGCACUACCAGCGCGUCACCAGCUACGCCAGGGCGGCCGUUUUACUGGGCUACGCAGUGGCCUCUCUACUGAGCCAGCUUCUGGUGUCCAUUUGGAGAGUGUCCUUGUCCUGCCUCAAUGUCAUUACCAUCACCUGCCUGUGUGGGGCGCUGUUGUCCUCCCUGUUUUUACCCAUGCCCCAAAGAGGUGUUUUGAUAAGUGAGUUGCAUGGCACUGAAUCAAACACAGACUCGCCCACCGACGCCACCUUUGGAGGAGUUCAAGCAGCAUGGCGGAGAAGGUUCCUGAAGACUUUGAAGGGGCUGAGACAAAUGCUGUUGGACUGCAAAGAGCACUACUCCUCCGCUGCCUUCCUGUUCUUUUGCAUUUGGUUUGCAAUGGGAAAGUGUGGCUUCUACCAAAUCACAGGGUAUGUGCAGAUUCUCUGGAAACUGAAGCAACCAUCAGACAACUUCACGGCUUACAAUGGGGGUGUUGAUGCCGUGGCUACUCUUUCAGGCGCAGCAGCAUCUGUAGCUGUGGGUCACACAUCACUGAACUGGUCUGUGUGGGGUGAACUGACCCUGGGGGCCUUCUCAGCCCUGGCCGCUGGUGCUGUCUAUCUCAUGGACCUCACGGGUAACAUAUGGGUCUGCUACGGCUGCUACGUCAUCUUCAAGUCUGUCUACAUGCAACUCAUAACCAUCUGCACUUUCCAGAUAGCCAGAAGCCUCAGUAAGGAACACUACGCGCUUGUCUUCGGGAUCAACACCUUUGCUGCGAGUGUUCUCCAGACCCUUCUCACUGCAGUCGUGCUGAACACCAAGAGCCUUCAAUUAACCGUGGCCACCCAGUACUUUAUAUAUGCAACAUACUUUGGAGCCAUUGCACUGAUAUUCCUGAUCAGAGGAGUGUACAGUGUGCAUGCAACCAAACACUCCCAGCUAGAAGGUGACGGCCAAGAUGACCUAACAGCUGAGAGACAGACCGGCUUACCAGAAUCAUCACAGGUUUAG